AUGCCGCUCGACGAGGUUCCCCACGAUGUGCAGGAUUUCUUCUUGGGUCCUGCAAGCGUAAAUCUUGCAGGUGUUCCUUCGGAGCCAGGAUCGUCAAGUCAGAUCAAAGCACUUGCCGUGUCGCAAUCGGACGACGGCUCGAUGUCUGCAUCUCUGGGAAGUGACGAGUCGAAUACAGAGUCGCCACUUCCGAUCUCCAACUCGGACCAGCGUGCAGGAAGCGAAAUGGGCAACUACGUGGCUUUUGGAUCGAUCCGUCUGCAUCGCGACCUGACCUCCCACUCGGACUCAUCAUGGCAUAUAUCUGCUUGUGGUCAGACCGAAACAUUCCCAAAUGAGCGUCUAUGUGUUCUACGACAUUGGCUCCGUCAUCACCUCGUCGAUCAUCCUAGCAGGGCGGAUCUGGCGGUCGCACGAAUCUAUCUGCUUCCAGAAGACGUUGAUAGAGCUAUCAGAUCAUCACCAAAGCCUUUCCGAAAAACAAUUAAAUGGCUUAUCAGCAUCAUCGACAGAUCUUCGAAGACAUGGACUGGCGACUUCGAUCCAGACAGGCCGGCGGAGGCGUAUGGCAUACCAUCAGCGGAUCAAGACGAGUCACUCUUCUAUAUCUUCAACACGCUGAAGGCACCAAGUCCAGACUCAGCAGCCUUUCGAGGCACCGUAGAUGCACAUGCAGCUCUCGAUGAUGCCCUACAUGGUUCCAUUCCUGGCAUCACAACAGAACUGUAUCCUUACCAGCGAAAAUCUGUUGCCAUGAUGCUGCAACGAGAAGAAGACCCGUACAAGUCGCAGGACCCACGAAAGCCCAGCUACAUCGAUCUUGAGGGCAACUCAUUCUACAUGGAUGUCUUCAGUGGCAGCGUUACCGUACAUCCACAACUCUAUGUCGAGCCUCGUGGUGGCAUACUGGCAGAGACCAUGGGCUACGGAAAGACUUUGGUGUGUAUUGCACUGAUCCUUGCAACCCGAGGAUUUUAUCCUCGACUCCCAGAAGCCCGUAUCGAGGAAACAGUACAUCAGCUAUAUCCUCAGACACCAAGCCUCUUAAGCGCUGCAGCUCGCGCUGUAAAACAUCACGGCGUGCCAUGGAAAGCAAAGUUUCAUGCCCUAAGAAUGGACGGCUACCACUACGACAAUUGUCUGACAGAGCUCGACAAGUAUCAACGCGAGUUCGGAGAGCCAAUCUUCAAUCCUACCACGCCAGACCGCAAAGUCAGCAAACGGGAAUCAGACCGCACCCUCCGACUCUGUAGCGCGACUCUAGUCGUUGUCCCGCCAAACUUGAUCGUCCAGUGGCAACAUGAGAUCAAGAAGCACACCGAGCUGGAUGCGCUGGAUGUGCUCGUUAUCGACAUGUCAACAAAGGAAAUACCGUCGUGGCGAACUCUCAUGGAUCAAGAUAUCGUCCUGAUCUCCAAAAAUCGCCUGGACGUGGAGUACCGUGAUGAUGACCUGAACCAGGGCAAGCGGCUUCGUGGCACGGACAGAGUGUCAUCGCAACUGACGGAGCUACGAUGGCUGCGUGUCGUGUGUGACGAAGGUCACUCGGUCGCGAGCUCAGCCUCAAGAACGAGGACAAUGGCCAUGCUUGAUAAGCUAUCUGUUGAACGACGAUGGAUCAUAUCAGGCACUCCCUCGAGCUCAUUGGUCGGAGUGGAUGUAACUUCAGCUGUGCAUGGCACUGACAGCUCAUCGCGAAGAGGCUCGUUCGACAAGGCAUUGGAGCGUAGACGACUGCCAGACUCUCUUAGGCAAGAGGAGCGAGAUCUGGACAGACUGCGUUUGAUCGUGGUGAACUUCUUCAAGAUGCAGCCCUGGGCAAAUCAGAAAGGUGCCGACACCGCCAAUUGGAAGCAGUACCUGGCUCCAUUCAACAGCGACGGGUCCCGACGGUGUGCGGCUUCUUUGCGGCCACUUCUGCAGAGUCUCAUGGUUCGUCACAGGAUCAAGGAUAUAGAUUCCGACAUCACUCUGCCGCCACUGCACAAUCGGACAGUGUAUCUGGAGCCAUCAUAUUACGACAAGCUUGCCCUCAACCUCUUCGUGCUUGUCUUGACUGCAAAUGCCAUCACUUCAGAACGGGUGGACCAGGACUACAUGCAUCAUCCCAACAACAGAAAGACCUUGGAACUCCUCAUCAGCAAUCUUCGGCAGUCGACUUUUCACUGGGUUGGGUUCACACCAGACCAAGUUAAAGAUACCAUCAAGUUAUGCGAAACGUACUUCGACAAGCACCUCGACGAGAUCUCAGACGAUGAUGGUGUACUGCUGACUCAGGCUAUCUCACACGCUCAAAGAACGCUUGCAGACGACGGCUGGCGGGCGUUCUCAAAACUACACGAGAUCGGCGUCUACGUGAAGCACUUUCCCAAAGAUUCGCGUGAGGUAUGGUCGCUGCACGCGAAGGGCGGCGACCCUCUCCUUCUGGGCACGCUUCAGGCACGUGAAGCACAGACAUACAUCCGAAGUCAUAUCAGUGACGAGGAACCCACUGCUGGUCUCAUUGGGACCGGUAUGCGAGCGAUGAGAGAUGCCCGCGAGCGAGCCGACGAGGAUCUAGCGAGAAGUGUGAAGAGAGGAGCCAAAGAUCCGUGGCCCUCAGACCCGGACCCGAGCACAGCCGAAAACACCACGAAAGCGACCUCACUCCUCUGCUGCUUCGCCAAUCAUGCCGCAGUCUCCGGAGACCAUCAGGGCUCUCGCCGCUGCCAGAUAGUCGGCUUCUCAUCCGCUAAGUUGACCUACAUAUGCACCUCCAUCCUCUCCCUCCCCAUUACCACCAAAUGCCUUAUCUUCUACGAUUCAAACAACACCGCCUUCUGGCUCGCUGAAGCCCUCGAAUUGCUUGGCAUCGAGUUUCUCAUCUACGCCAACACUCUCCCACCAGCUACACGGGCCAAAUACCUAAGCAUGUUCAACAGCGAGCCACGCUGGCGCAUGCUCCUGAUGGACCUGCGACAGGCCUCCACCGGUCUACACGUCGCGAGUGCGUCAAGGGUGUGGAUCGUGACGCCGAUCUGGCGGAGAGAGGUGGAAGCGCAGGCGAUCAAGCGUGCACAUCGGAUCGGGCAGGUGAACGAGGUCUUUCUUGAGACGUUAGUGCUCAAGGGCACGAUUGAGGAGAAGUUCUGGCGCAGGAGGAAGGGACUGAGUGAGGGGGAGGUGCGGAAGCAGUCUACAGGUAGUACUGCUGGUGGUGGUGAAGGGGAUGUGGGUCCGGGUGGGAAGAGCGCAAAAGGCACUGGUGGUGGAGCGAAGUCGAUGCAGAGCCUGGGAAGUGGCGGGUGGCUAGAGGAUGACGGUGUGGUGGAAAUUAUCAAGCAGGCGAGGUUCCUGGAUGUUGACUACGAGAGUACGUCUGACGGGAGCAAGGGCUGUUGUCGCUUGCAGACGCCCGUGCAGCUGUUCGUGAACAACGAGGACCUGGAGGUGGAAGCUGGCGAAGCUAAUACUGCCCAACACGUCAGUGGAAACGCGAACGCAGAAGAAGAGCCUCCACGGAGGAAGAAGGCCAAGAUGGUGCCGGUGCAGGGGCUGGGCAGGAUCACGGGAAAGGUGACGAAGGGUGUGCGGUUCGCCGACGAUGGCGAUGGUGAUGCGAGCAUUCCAGCUUCGCUACAGUUUUCGGCGUCACUGCCGUCGUCGAAGCCAGCUGCAACAAUAUCUGCGCCAUCAUCGGCUGAUGAUGAUGCCACGACGACGACGAUGACACCGCCACAGCAGCAGCAGCGGAGAGCCAGUAUCUUUGGCCACACGACUGACGCCAGCUCUGCUUCCCCUGGCUAG